UUUUAAAAUUAUUAGAAAAUUUGAUUUGAUUCAAUUUUCAAGGAAGAAAGAAAGAAAAAAUGUGAGCUACUUUUUCCAUGUAUGUAUUAUGAUCGUGUUUGAUGCCCCCUUUAACUGAAAACAGAUUUCCUUCUUCUUCUUUAGUCACGAUCGUCCGUCUCCUCUCGCCGCCCCUUCUUUCUCUCACAAAUUUCAUCUAAAUCUCAUCCGCGCUUCCCUCACCACCUCCUAAACCCUAAACCCUUCUCCGGUCUUCAACGCCACUCUUCUAAUUCAAUAUACUCUCAUGGCGGAAGCUCCCGAAGAAACCAUCUCUGCCAAUUCUCCAAAACUGGCAGGAACUGUGGGCUGGGGCCCUGCAACUCUCGUUGCCGUAUUUGCAGGCAUGUUAUAUGGAGGUAGCAAGGAGGCUUCUGCUUCAGUUAGUAAGGAUGCAGAAGUUAUGUUGAAGCUUGGGAGUACACCAGACAAGCGUGAGCAGUACCGCUUAAUGAGAGAUGCAAUGGAGAAGAGGUUUCUUCGAAUCACUAAGGGCUCGAUUAUUGGUGGAGUACGGCUCGGGCUCUUCACCGCUGCUUUUUAUGGUUUACAAGAUGUACUUGCUGAGAAAAGAGGUGUUCAUGAUGUCUUCAAUGUUGUUGGAGCUGGUUCAGCUACUGCUGCAACAUUUGGUUUGAUAUUACCGGGGUCACUCCCUUGGCGUCUAAGGAAUUCAGCGAUGGGAUCAGUCCUAGGUGCUGCUAUUUGCUUCCCACUCGGGUGGGUUCAUUUGAAACUGAUAGAGAAAGCAAAUGAAGGGAAUGCAGUUUCACAUCCCAUAGGGGGAGAGAGAAAGAGUGGUGUUGGUGCUGCAAUUGACAGGCUUGAAGGAAACUUGAACAAGUAAAAACACAGAUAAAUUGAGCAGGUAAGACCCCUCCAUUCUCUCCAGUGAAAGGGGAAGAGUGAAUUUAUAUAAAGAUUUUGUCCCUGCUAGUUUUUUCUUUCUUCUUCAGAAAGUGUAUUACAGCAUUAUAAUGAUUGAGUAUUUACUAUGAUUCAUAUGUCAAUAUUUUAGUAAUGACAACCGAGAGAGAGAAAUUAGUGGUGAGUACCUACUAGAAUAAUGAUUUAUUAAUGUGUUUUUCGAAACAAUAAAUUUUGAUUAGUAGAUCAUGCCAAAAAUUUUAUUGUGAUGCAUAGCAUUGCAUUUUUUUUAGUGUAGUUUUUAUAAUAUGGGCUAGAAUUAAGAGGGAAUGUUAGACUGGUGAGGGUCAUGGGGGAAGUUACUUGAAAUUUUGUUCUUCUGUAACUUGUAAAACUUUCAAUUUAAUUGGAAGCAUCAUUUUUUUUUUUAUAUACAAUUACCAAGCAAAAUAAUAGUGAAGUUUGAGGCA